CGCCAUUUCCCAAUAACAUGGCUGCCGAAAGAGAAGUGGAGUUUGUUUCGCUGCUUCGUAGUUGUCGUGGAUUUCGACCGGUUUUUCUCCCGAAAAAAUCCCUCUCUGUGGCCUAACAUGAGGGAGUAUUCUCAUUAUGAGAAAAGCACCAAUUCGAGGGGAUAUCUACGCGAAAAACCGAGAUAAGGAUGGCAACACAUCGGUUACUCGUUUAUACAGAUCCUCCAUCCAGCUUUCACAGCGGCUGGACCUUAUUCUUAAAUCAGCAACAAACUGGGAAGAAAUUUUCCAGGCAGAGACAAUUAUUAUCAGACAAAGGCUUAGAAGCAACUGUGAAAGUCUGAUUUUCAAUCACCCCAAAGAGUAUGGCAGAAAAGCAGAGGAGCUUCUUUGGAGAAAAGUGUUCUAUGAUGUCAUUCAGUGGUUGCGACAGCAUCGCAAAGUGUCACCAAAUGAUGAGCACCUUGAAAGCUCCUGUAGGUCUCACUUAAUAUCUGCCUCUGGCUACUACUACCAUUUGUUGAUUCAGCUACAAAGCCUCUAUGGCACCAACCUAAAGGGUGUGGUCUCUUGGACGGCACAAGGGCUGCACACUGCCAGUGGGAUUGAUGCAGAGGUUGCCGACUGGGCUUUGAGGGCGUGUCAGAGAUGUCUGUUGUACAUGGGCGACUUAGCUCGCUACCAGCAAGAGUUUGAAGGGGAGAAGAGCAUCAAGUUAGCAGAGAGGUUUUACUGUGAGGCCCUCCAUCUCAAUCCACAGCUUGGCAUGCCUCAUAACCAGCUUGGGACCUUACUGGUCAGCCAGUCAUGUGGGGCGGAGGGCGUGUACCAUUACCUACGAUGUCUUAUAGCGAAGGAAAGUUUUGAAGGAACUGAAGGUAAUCUGGUAAGGCUCUUUGAGAAGAACAGAGUGCUGGUGAUGGGCAUGAAAGAGUUGCCACUCACAGCCUCCACUACAGAGAGGGUUACUCGCUUCCUGGUCUACUUUGUGUACCUCCAAGACGUCCUUUACGGCCAUGAAAGCUCUCCCAAAGUGACAGGAGAUGAAAUAGGCCAACUUUGCCAGUCAGUUCUCCAAGACCUCAUAUUUGCAUUAGCAAGCGAAAACCAGGCCCCCCCUGACAGUAGUCCUCAAGGGGCAUCCAGCCCCACCCUGGCCAAUGGUAUCCCUGACAUAAUUAGUGGCAAGGAGAGUGCUAAAGGCCAGGGGGAAGCACAACUGACAAGUGGACUGAUGGUAAAGCUGGCUGCUGUGGUGAUUAUGGCUGUCACAAGACUCAGGAUGUUUGCUCCAGGGUCAUCUGACGCACUGGUAGGCACUGCCUUUAGCCUUGCCUUCCUUUCACAACUCUUGCAGCACUGCAUCACAAAACUGGAGCAGCCCACUGACACUAAACCUACAAGCAAUACUACCAAACAGCUCAGUAAUGGCUUGGCAAUGAAGCUUGACCAAGACGAGCACAAUGAGAAACUUACCAAGACACGCAAGCUGAAGAAAAUCAUCAAGACAAGGCGCAGACGCCGCAAACACCUAGACACCAGCAGUAGCCAUGACAGCUAUCCUGGGAGCAACAGUGAAGGGGAGGGGACGAUCAGCGGGGAAGACGAUAGCGACCUUAGUGAAGGAGGGGUGGUGGACCUCGAGGAUGCAUCUGAGGAUAGUGAUGAUGUCUAUGUCGAGAGUGAUUCAGAGGAGGAGGGCACCGAGCAGAGUGCUGAGCCGGUGACAAUUUUCUCCCAGGGGGUGUGUAAUGGACAUGAUCAUAAGGAUGCGCUUGGUGAGGCAGGGAAACUGCUGACCCAACAGAUUAUGAGGCAGAAUGGUCUGGUGUCAGGGAAGAUGGCAAAAGGGGAUGGUAGUGACGUGUCUGAUGUGGAGACAGAGUCAUCAAGCUCUUCCUGGGGGCGUAUUGAGGACCUGGAAGAGCUUUCUGUCGUCAGGCGUCUGUUCAGUGCACGUCUCCUCCCUGCUGUGAAGGUGAUGGCAGACUGGCUCCGCACGAACCCUGACAUCAUAUCUACAUGUGUCGAGAGCUCCACUUCUCUGUGGUCAAAGAUGGCUUCUUUGCUGAACCUUCUCCCAUCUGAUGAGAAUCUCGCCAGCACAGCUAAUGGUCGUAGCUACCUAUGGAGGCAAGUGGUAUGCAGACCGACAGACGCGACAUGGCAUCAGACGCUCUCCCUCCCAGAGGAUGUGUGUGUGAUGGGCAUGGCCCCCCUGCAUGAUGCGCAUAUCGGGGUUGGCAUGACCUGGAGUAGACCUGCCAGGGAGGGGAGGUGCCUUGAGGCUAUCAUACGGACACAGUGCCUGAAGAGUUUUGGCCUCCUACUUUCACGCAAUGAGGCGCUGAACACAUUCAUGUGGGACGAGAGCAACCAGCAAUUUGUGGGACCGCACCAACUAAUGGAGCACAACAAAGUCAAGAGGAGCAAGGUGAUGAAGGCGAUGGCGCACCAGAGGAUGAAGUCCGAGGUGUCCAAGCUAGAGAAGACCCUAAAGUGUACGUCCAAAGGCUCGACGGCCUACUUGGUCCCUGACGCACCCGCGUUGUGCUCUCAGUUACAUCUGAUUCGACGUCUUGUCACCAUGGAGAAAUUCCUCCUGAUUAUACCAACACAGGUCAUCGCAGCGCUUGACGAGUUGAAAAAGUAUGACAACGGUGCCCGCGAAACUAUCAAGUACCUCGAGGCAGAGUUCAAACGUGGAAACAGGUGGAUUCGCGCGCAGAAGGACAGCGAGUCUGUAGAACACGAGGGCAAGAAAGCUCGUUACGAGGAUGUGUCCGUGUGGCGCUUCAAACAAAUCGUCAGCUGCUGCCGCCACCUCACCAACAAAACCGGAACAGGCCUGGUCACUCUCCUCACCGGAAGUGCCUCCUACGAGCCGCCUGCCAAGGGUCAGCGGAAGCGUUCCGCCACCGGUACCCAAGCCACCCCGGAGCUGGUAGAGUUCGCGAGGCAUUGUGGUAUCAAUGUGGAGUCGCUGCGCGCGUUUUGUGCCAAGUACACGAGCACGCGGUCCGUGACCUGAGAGGGAGACUGGAGACGGAUAUGGACCCCAGGUCCAGGCAGAGAUCAAGUAACACGUGGUGCCAUGAGUUGCCAUGGUAACCCAACCUCACCCGAGGAAACAGGUGUAAAGCACCUGUGAAUGGUAUAGAAACAACAUGUAAGUUUUGGCGGGAACAGGGAGCACGAGGCCUUGUUAACUACGCCUUAGACAGCUUAGAACACCGAUAUACAGUGUACUUACUAACACCUAAAGCUUCCGACCACCGGGAAGCCUUGUAUCACGUAGAGAAAUGUUCAACAGAUGUGCCGCCAUGUUGAGGCGUUUGUGGGCUCCUUCGAGGGAGCUCGUUUGGAGAUUUCAAUGGCGUCAAUCGCGCCGUGGUUCAAGGGCAAGAGUUGUCCUUUAGUUUUUAGGCCUUUCAAAAGCCAUUGUAAGGGGUAUUACGGACCCUGAUUGUAGUUGAAUUUUUAUUUGUGAGUGGGAUAUGCACUCGAUCGUCCUGUUCACAGAACAGUAACGAGUUAUUCCCGAGUAGAAUCGUGUCAUGAUCUAAUAGCACCGAGUCAUUCUCGAGUAGAAUUGUGUUAUGAUCUCAAUAGCACCGAGUUAUUCCCGAGUAGAAUCGUGUCAUGACCUAAUAGCACCGAGUCAUUCCCAGUAGAAGCUUCUAACUGUCGAAUAGCACCGAGUCAUCUCUAAUCGUAACGAAUAGCCCCAGACCAGAAUCGAGUCAAAACCGAAUAGCAUCGAGCCAGCCUCGAGUAGAAUUGUCAUAAUAGAAUAGAACUGAGAGUCACCCGAGCAAGCAAAAGUCGAUUCAAAGGCGAGUUGCACCGAGUCAACCUCUAUCACAAUCCACAAGCGAAUAGCACCGGGUCACUACUUCAGAUCCAAGUCAUAACCGAAUAGCACCGAAUCAACACCGAGUAGAAUAGAGUCGACCGAAUAGCAUCGAUCGAGCACAGAGUCACCCAUGAGCAAAGGAUUAGCACUAAGCCUUUCGGAACUAUCGAAGAAGAACGAUUUAUUACCGAGAAGGGCCGAGAAACUCCGAAGUAAUAUCGAGUUAUAACCGAAUAGCGCCUAGCUGCUGGGUACUGAUUUAUAAUUGUUUUAGUUAAUCGCCUGAGCUAAUAGGAAUCCUUAAGGGUUAUUUAACAGUAUUCAUGCUAGACUCGAAACGUUUCUAGAAUUUGGAGACUAUCUUGGAUGACGUGAAACGUUAAUUUGCUGUCGUACUUUGCGUGGUGUAAUCUUUAUUUUUUUUUCUUUUUAAGUCUUUGCGCCAUUCCUUAGAUAUAAAGACAGCUUUUCUUUAAGCCACGGUGACUCUAAAACCUCGGGUUUAGUGAGAUCUCAAUAUAAGCUAACAGACACAGUAUACAUAAAAUAGCACAAGAAAUUGCUUAUAUAAAAAAGGCGUCAAUUAAUUGAGUUGUUUGUGCUAUACGAGAAUUCCUUUGGAAGGUGGGGUAAAGAAGUGCAAAACAAAUAAGUGAAGUGAUAAAUCCAGAGAGAGACUGACCACUCCCCAUGCUUUCUAGCCUUGACAUAGUGUGUCAGUAAACAGGCUUUCACCCCCAACAGCGUAACGUAUGGCUUCUCCAGGCAGAUACGUUGUUGCGUAGAGAAAAUGCCGUUUUGAUCAUGGACUUCAUAAGCAAUGGCCCGCACCAAAGGCAUGCAGAUCGAGUAAGAAAACUACCGGUUUUAUUGGCUUAAUGAGGGAAUUUUCUCUCUCUUUUUUUUGAUUGUGUCUGUUUUAUUAUCUGCAUGUUUUUUUCGUAUUUGUAAGCUGGUCAAUUAAGGUGAUUUUAAGAAACUUUCAUUUGUAUUUGUAGUCUUUUUACUUUAAGCCAAACAUGUAAACUCAGCUUGCAAAGGAUCAUUAAAUGUAACCAGGAUGUCGCAAAGUGUCAUGAGUUUCACUAAUCAGAGGAUUAUAUUCUAUACAACGAAAUAAUGUAACUUAUUGUUGCUAUUGAUCAUUAAGAUUUAUUCUCUUCCUUAUAAUUCGUUGGGUAUUAAAUACUUAUAAACAAUAAAAUUUAAGAACAUCUUUAAAACAUAUUCAGCCUUAAAAUGACGUUCUUAUAAAAAAAAGUGUAGUACUUUGAGAUUUCUCAAAAUUGGUAGAAAUCAAAAAUAAAUGUCUGUGGGUCACAGUGGUUCUUUUAUCCUAUCUACUCACAGUACUCUGUUCUUGUGAGCAAAACUACGUCGUGUUUCAGUUGGUUAUUCUGCACGACAUCGAUCUAGAAUCUUUUUUAGGUUGAUUUUCUAAGCUUAAAAAAGAGAACGUCAUACUCAAAUCUAUUUCCGGGAUCUAAAAGCUUUACACUCUUUUUUUUUAUAAGAACGUCUAAUUUUCAGUUGAGGCUGGGCUGUUCCUAUUUUUCGAGCAUUAUAAGGCUGAAAAUGUUCUUAACGAUGUUCUUAAAUUUUAGUGCUUAUAAAAUAUGGUAUUCAAUGUACUAUUAGGAGAACAAGUUACACAAAUUAUCAAUAGCAAUAUAAUACUUUAGGUUGUUAAAUUAAUGAACACAAUUUAACACUUCAUUUCAGAACACAUAAGACUGAAAAACCUGGACGUUCUUAUUAAAAGGUUCUAUCUGUUA